GUCACUGCCUGCGCAGCUCCGGCCGCCUGGCUCUCCAUACUAGCCGCCGAUAUUUGGAAUUCUUGCAACAUGGCGGAUAUUGACAACAAAGAACAGUCUGAACUUGAUCAAGAUUUGGAUGAUGUUGAAGAAGUAGAAGAAGAAGAAACUGGUGAAGAAACAAAAAUCAAAGCGCGUCAACUGACUGUUCAGAUGAUGCAAAAUCCUCAGAUUCUUGCAGCCCUUCAAGAAAGACUUGAUGGUCUGGUAGAAACACCAACAGGAUACAUUGAAAGUCUGCCUAGGGUAGUUAAAAGACGGGUGAAUGCUCUCAAAAACCUGCAAGUUAAAUGUGCGCAGAUAGAAGCCAAAUUCUAUGAGGAAGUUCAUGAUCUUGAAAGGAAGUAUGCUGUUCUCUAUCAGCCUCUAUUUGAUAAGCGAUUUGAGAUUAUUAAUGCGAUUUAUGAACCUACGGAAGAAGAAUGUGAAUGGAAACCUGAUGAGGAAGAUGAAAUUUCGGAGGAGAUGAAAGAAAAAGCCAAGAUUGAAGAUGAGAAAAAGGAUGAAGAGAAAGAAGAUCCCAAAGGAAUUCCUGAAUUUUGGUUGACUGUUUUUAAGAAUGUUGACCUGCUCAGUGAUAUGGUGCAGGAACAUGAUGAACCUAUUUUGAAGCACUUGAAAGAUAUUAAAGUGAAGUUCUCUGAUGCUGGCCAGCCUAUGAGUUUUGUCUUAGAAUUUCACUUUGAACCGAAUGAAUAUUUCACAAAUGAAGUGCUAACGAAGACAUAUCGGAUGAGGUCAGAACCAGACGAUUCUGAUCCUUUUUCUUUUGAUGGACCAGAAAUUAUGGGUUGUACAGGGUGUCAGAUAGAUUGGAAAAAAGGAAAAAAUGUUACUUUGAAGACCAUCAAGAAGAAACAGAAACACAAGGGACGUGGAACAGUUCGUACUGUGACUAAAACAGUUUCCAAUGACUCUUUUUUUAAUUUUUUUGCCCCUCCUGAAGUUCCUGAGAGUGGAGAUCUGGAUGAUGAUGCUGAGGCUAUCCUUGCUGCAGACUUUGAAAUUGGUCACUUUUUGCGUGAACGUAUAAUCCCAAGAUCAGUGCUAUACUUUACUGGAGAAGCUAUUGAAGAUGAUGAUGAUGAUUAUGAUGAAGAAGGUGAAGAAGCAGAUGAGGAAGGGGAAGAAGAAGGAGAUGAGGAAAAUGAUCCAGACUAUGACCCAAAGAAGGAUCAAAACCCAGCAGAAUGCAAGCAGCAGUGAAGCAGGCUGUCUGUGGCCUUGAGGAUAACCUGCACUGGUCUACCUUCUGCUUCCCUGGAAAGAAUGAAUUUACAUCAUUUGAUGAGCCUAUUCCAAGUUUUUUGUUGUUUGCUUGCUUGUUUUUGUUUUUGCAGCCUAAAAUAAAAAUGUCAAAUACAAUUCUAGUUUUCCAAGAUAAUGUCUUAAUUUUAUACUAAUUUAGGUUAUAAGCAGAAGCUUGGCUUGUAUUAAGUGUUGUGCCCAGGUAAUCAUAUUGAAGAAAAGGGUGCCAACUUCAGAAAAGGUACUCCAUCUGCCAAUAAGCAAGUAUUAAGAAAAUAAUGAAAUUUUAAAUGAUGUAAUGCUUUUUUAAAGGAACAAAAUUAAGAAGUUAAAUUUAUUUUCUCCAGUUUAGAAUUAGAGACGACCCCAAGCUUCUUUGAUUUCUCUACUUCUUAGGCUUUUGUUUACUAUGUAUUAAAAUGGGUAGUACUGUUUACUUAACUACCUCACCUAUAUGUUAAGGCAUAUGAAAUAUCAAAUGUUUCAGUCUGAUUAAAAGUUGAAAAAUUGAA